GUUCAGUCGCACACGUGAAGGUCAGCAAAAUCAGCCACCCGGCUCUGAUCAUUAGGAUUAAUAUCGGCCCUCCGGCUUUGUUUAAGGGAGAAAUGGACGGUCAGGGAGCCACAGCCGAUCCUCAGCUGCAACAUUUUAUCGAGAUCGAGUCUCAGAAGCAGAGGUUUCAGCAGCUGGUGCAUCAGAUGACUGAGGUUUGCUGGGAAAAAUGCAUGGAUAAACCAGGACCCAAGCUGGAUUCCAGAACAGAAGCAUGCUUCGUUAACUGUGUGGAGCGGUUUAUAGACACCAGCCAGUUUAUCCUCAACAGACUGGAACAGACUCAGAAGAGCAGGGGGGGAUUCUCCGAGACAAUGUUGGACUAAAAAAACUGACAGUUUGUGCAAACAGCCUCAUGACUGGGUGCUCCACUUCAUCCCGACACAGCUGUCUGCAUAGUAAGCUGGGGAGAAGAACUACAGCCAGUGUUACCUUUAAAAACAAGUGCCUGAGAUUAAAACCAUGUACAGAU